ACGACCCUACUGUUUAUAACAUAGAAACCAGAUGCUUUCGUGUGUCGAACUCUAGCGCGUUGUACUCUUCCUUUAACUAGAGUCGCGCGUUGAUUACGUCACCACAACACGUGUUACAGAGGGCUAAAGGCUACCAGGUGAAUGCAGUAGCACAGGCAAUGGCAAAAAGCAAAGGAAAGGGGCAAAAACAGACAAGUGUCUUUCAUGUAGCAAACAGUAAGAGUGUAAAAGCAAAACAUAAAGCCAAACCAGUGAAAACAAGUCUUAAGAAGAUCAACAUUGCUACCAAAGAAAAGGUGAGCACAGUCAAUGAAGCUUUUACAGAACUGCACAAGGAGGUUGCACAACUGAAAAAGAAAAGUCAGUCCAGCCUAGCCAAGAGCAAGAAGCCUUCAAAACAGACAGCGGAACCACCAGCAGAUGUAGACAAUGCUGCAGAUUUGUUUUCACAAUUGUAAUAAUUAAAGCAAUAAAAUGAUUUGUCUGUA